GCCCCCCAAGGCGUUUCGGCUCAACUCUACGCUCAACCCACAUCAACCGCAAUGUUCGAGGAGACCGAAGUAUGCAUACAAUGCGGCAGGCCAGUGGAUGGUCGCAUCUACUGCAGCGACGAGUGCGAAAGCCUCGACAGCGCGUCUCCAUCGCUCUCGAGUGCAACUAGCAGCGUACACCCAUCGCCCUCCGUGACCUCCAUGAAGUCAAGUAACCUUGACAUACCGGCACUCGUCCCCUCCAUGCUCGGACACCGUCCACGAUACUCUCUCUCGUCGUCCUCCGCAUCGUCCGCAGGUUGGUCGUCAGUCACCACUGACGACGACGACGACGACCCCUACGUCUACACCGAGCAGAUCGACAUGCUGGCCGACGGCUCCAAGUCACCCGGGUACCUCUCCGGACUGGUCUAUGCUCGCCGUCCCUCAGCGACGAACCACCGUUCAAUUGUGCCAACAGUUCAUAGGCAUACAUCUGCCGUCUCGUCGUCUGCGUCUAGCUCCGGCGUCUCGCGUGGUCUACCCUCGCCGUUCUAUGCUAGUACUGAAGACGACGCCUCCUCGGUCUGCAUAUCUGAGCUCUCGCUUCACGAGGACGAUGCUUCGGCCCGCCGCAAAGCCAAGCGCACGAGCCUCCCCGCCUACUUCUCGCUCCUCCAGAGCAGCUCGGUGAAGCCCUCGUCGGGCUUGACGGCCUCGUCGCCUCGCCGCACACCGUCCACACUACAGGCGAUCUCGCGCUCUUUGCACGCGUCCCCAACGACGCCCACGGUUUCGCACGCGACCGUCGUCCUCACAAACGCCGAGGCGCACAUCGAGUCGACCACGACAAGCCCCAUUUCCCGCGGUCGCGGCCGCCGGCGGGAACGCGACUCGGACAUCCGCUCUUCCUCCAGCCGCCGCUCGACCGCGCGCUCGCCCCCACGCCACCUCUCGGCCGCCCAGCGCGCGCGGGUCGACAGCAUCGAAAAGGUCGCCGAGUGGGUCUCGAGCAGCCCCGUCAUCGCGCUCGCCCCCGGCCGCCGCAACAGCUCGCCGCAGCGCAAGCCCAAGUACGAGUUCGUCGAGGCGCUCACCCGCGGCCUGCGCGACUGCGCCUUCGCGAGCAGCAGCGAGGACGACGACGGCGAGGCGAAGACUGACGUCUCGAGGGAGGACAUGGACCGGACGAUCCGCGGGCGCAGGAGGAUGGACGAGUUGGACGAGGUCCUGCCCGCCGGUGCGCCGGGGUAUGGCAACGGCAGGAGCGGGCUGAAGGCGAGGGAGCGUGGGCGCGGCGUCGCGUCACGCGCUAUCGGCAUCGCUUUCCGGUGAUUGCGACGACCGCCGCGCUCGCGCCCCCGCGCGCGCCAUCAAAAGCAUCGUAUACCAUUCUUCGUCACCACUUGCAUCGCUAGACCGCAUCGCAUCGCGCCUUUUCGUCUCAGCACAGUCUACUCGCACAUACCCCCUACACUCAGCAUCGUCGCAUGUCGUUUCCCGGCUCUACAAAACGUCGCAUUUUUGUUUCGCCGCUCUCGCUCGCCCCAACGGAUUUGUAACAAAAACUCUCCCCUCCUUCACUUUGGAGCAAAACGUCGGUCGCAUUCGCACAAAUCGCCCGGGGCGUCGCUGUAUCUAUCUGUUCCUUUUUUCUUGUUUUUCUCUCUUUCUCAUCGUCAUCAUCUUUUCCCAUACACUCUUGCCCCACCUACCGUACUUUGCAUCACACACACCUUGCAUAUAAAAUAUUGACCCGCAUCUUUACACGCGCAUCUGCAUCUAGUCCUUGGGUUUGUUCCGCAAAUACCACCGCUCCCACCCCAUACACACAUACGCACCACAUGUAUUUUACGUCCAGUCCACUGCGAAAUACCAUACAUAGCACAACAUGCUCAUGCACCACACCAACGUUUCCCACCCGUUUGCGAGUGUGCGUUUCGAGUUCCGUGUCAACUUCAAGUUCCAACGCGCCGCUCCACUGCAGGUCACACACAAGUCCUGGGAGUUGCCAGACCCGCGGCGCUGCUGCGACGCUGCGCCACCAAGGUCUCCGGCUCCACAUGCUACCUUUUUUUUGCAGGAAAACAAACGAGUGCAUGCGCGCCCGGCCGGGACUACUCCAGGUCGGGCCCUUUUCGAGCGGAGGGACCCACGGUGGCGGCAUCGUCAUGACGGGUAUUUGCGUCGUCUGCACGCGUGCGCACAUACAGUAACACUGUGCCCGGCCGCGCCGCGCGCACGGCCGACGUUGUUGGCCAUCUACAUCUGCUUUCCGUUUUUUUUUGAGUCUGCCACAUGUCGUCAUCGCG